AUGGUUUCUACUCAAAGGAGUGAGGGAAUGCAUGCUUUUUUUGAUGGUUAUGUUCACUCUAUGAGCACAUUCAAACAAUUUGUUGAACAAUAUGAGAUUGCAAUGAGUACUAAGAUACAGAAAGAGUUCCUGGCUGACUACGACUCGAAAUAUAAAGUGAUUAAAUGCAUAUCAGAGUUUGAUUGGGAAAUACAGUUCCAACAGGCAUACACAAAUUCAAUGUUCAAGUUAGUUCAAAAUGAAAUUAGGCGCUUGUUGUACUGCCAUGUUAUUCCGCUAACUGAAGAGGAAGCAGGGGCAGCAGCUACUAUGGGCAUACCUUGCUGCCACAUCUUUAAGUUGAUGUCCUUUAAAGACAUGAAAGUUAUCAAUGAGAGAUAUAUAUUAAGGAGGUGGAGAAAAGAUGUUGUCAGGCGCCAUUCUGAGAUUUUCUUUGCUGGAGGUUAUCCUCACAUGACUGAUGAAUUCAAGAAAUUCAAGGAAGUGGAAUGUUACUUUCAGGAAUGUACUAAUAUGGCUUUUGGUAGUAGAGAGAAAAUGGAGUUUAUACAAAGACGCUUGGCAGCUCUGAAGAAUGAUUUAAUUAAUUGGAAUGAUACUAUGGCUAUUAAUGAAUCUAUCACAAUAAACACAGAGCAGGAUGGAGAUUAG